AUGUCGCUGCUGCAAGAUCACGUUUUGAUAAUCACAGGCAGCACGUCUGGAAUUGGCCUCGCCACGGCAAGAGCAGCUCUGAGCGAAGGGGCCAAGAUUCUAGGCGUCGAUGUCUCCUCCGGACCAGAGUCGCUGCCGGAGGGCCCGAAUUUCAAGUUUCUGCAGAGAGAUCUCACAGAUGCGGACACACACAAGGACAUAGUUGACACAUGCAUUCGGGAAUUCGGUGGACGAAUUGAUGGGCUGUUGAACAUUGCGGGAAUCAUGGACCGCAACGGCAGUGUCGACAGCCUAACGGAUGAAAUGUGGGAUAAGUGCAUUGCCGUCAAUCUUACCGCGCCGGUGAAGCUGAUGCGCGCCGUUAUUCCAACAAUGCGAGCACAAAAGAGCGGUAGCAUCGCGAAUGUUGGUAGCAAAGCCGCGACGAGUGGUGCUGCAUCGGGUGUCGCGUACACGGCAAGUAAGCAUGGAUUGAUAGGGGCGACAAAGAAUGUUGCAUGGAGAUACAAGCAGGAAGGGAUUCGGUGCAACGCAGUUUGCCCGGGUGGUAUGAAACACCCUUGGUUUACAAAUACGCUUGAUAGAGACUUGUCGUUGACUUGUAUUCCUCCAGGUGUUCCAACUGGUAUCGUCCAGGCGUCCAAUCCGGAACUUUGGGAUAAGGCCGCACUUGAGACGAUGUCUCCCAUACAUCAGGCACAUGCCUCUGACAGGCCAAAAGGACUCGGUGUUGAACCAGACGAUAUUGUUCAAUGUCUUCUGUUCCUGAUGUCUACUCACAGUAGAAUGAUCAACGGGGCUGUAAUUCCAGUCGAUAACGCCUGGUCCGUGAUUUAA